UGAAGACAAAACGAACAGUGCCUUUGCGCUCUACACUGCAGGAAAGCCCUACUGUUGGCAAAAGGGGUACGGCACUCGGUACGUUAGCCGGGACGGGGGCCCUGCGCGCGACGCGUGGGUGAGGAACUGGAGAAAUAAGAGACCAUGGAAACCUGCCACUGAAGUGGUACUUGCCAAUGACGAUGGAGGGGCUGCGGUCGGAAAUCAAAAUCAUGCUGGAUUCCUGUGCAGAAUCGACAACUUCAACGAAAACUUGAUUUCGCUAGGCAAAGACUCGAAUCUGUUUGCGGCGUGCGCAGACGCGCUCGAGUAUGUCAACAGAGUUGGCGAGCUGCUGAAUCUGCCAUCCGGAUUUGCGGGUGACCACCUCCCAGACGAGCCAAUGUCCACUUCGUCGGCCUUUUUUGAGAAAGAAGUGAAGUUUUCGCUCCUUACCUGGUUUGACGAAGAGAAUUACAACCAGGGGGCCGAGUGGAAGUGCGAGGUGAUGUGCGACAUGGUAAGUAGCUGUGUGAUGUACCAGUUCGGCCUAGAUGAUGGGGCGGGUAGAACUUCUGGCUCCGGAGGAGGUGGUUCUUUACCGACGAGUGGGAAGAAUGAGAGGCUGACCUGUACGCUGUACGGCACCGCUGAGCAGAGCAGAGGGAUUGUUGAUGAAACCGUCGCGGCACCAGAUCAUGAUGGUUCUGACCACGAUACGACCACUGCACCUCCAGUGGCAGCCAUCUGUGUUCGCCGGCUCUGCGACGUUCUCGACGAUGAAACGUUGAGCGAGGCGGCAAAAGUAGCCAAGGUGUUUGACUUUCUGACCACCGCAGAACGAGCAGAUGAAAGCAAAGCUCCGCUUGACGUUUUCCACGAAAAGUACUGCGAAGUGAAGGUAGACUGCGAGG